GGCGGUAGAACGUUCUCCUUUAUCUUGGCAUCAGCAUCAUCAAGCUUAAAAGUGCGUUUCGAUAUUAAAUUCGGAUUAUCUUCGGCUAAAAACUGUUAUUUCUGGUAGCGCUUUAGUCGCCAGUGUUCCGGAACGUACCAGUGUUCCAUAGAAGCUUCAAUCAUUUCGAAUCCGGAGAAAAUGGAUCGUGGAGGUGGUGGUGGUGGCGGUGGAAGCGGAGGAGGUGGUGGUGGUCGUCGGCGAUCUCGGUCCCGGGAACGUCGCCGAAGCCGUAGCCGAGAUAGGAAACAGCGUUCCCGGUCCAGGUCUCCGUAUAGGAAGGGCCGUUCGCGGAGGAGGAAGCCGUCUCUGUACUGGGAUGUUCCGCCACCAGGCUUCGAACAUAUUACCCCGCUACAGUAUAAGGCCAUGCAGGCAGCCGGUCAGAUUCCGGCCAAUAUAGUGGCAGAUACUCCUCAGGCAGCUGUCCCGGUAGUCGGUUCCACAAUUACCCGACAGGCCCGACGUCUGUACGUGGGUAACAUUCCUUUCGGUGUCACCGAGGAAGAGAUGAUGGAGUUCUUCAACCAACAGAUGCACCUUUCCGGACUGGCCCAGGCUGCUGGAAAUCCGGUGCUAGCUUGCCAGAUCAAUUUGGACAAAAAUUUCGCCUUCCUGGAGUUUCGGUCUAUUGAUGAAACAACCCAAGCGAUGGCAUUCGAUGGGAUCAAUUUCAAGGGUCAGAGUUUGAAGAUACGUCGGCCGCAUGAUUACCAGCCCAUGCCUGGUAUGACCGAUGCACCCGCAGUUGCUGCUCCAGAAAAAUUCACCGGCGUUAUCAGCACCGUCGUUCCGGAUUCGCCACAUAAGAUAUUCAUUGGUGGUUUGCCAAACUAUCUAAACGAGGAUCAGGUUAAGGAACUGCUGCUUUCGUUUGGUCAGCUGAAAGCCUUCAAUUUGGUUAAGGAUGCUGCUACCGGUUUAAGUAAAGGAUACGCCUUUGCGGAAUAUGUCGAAUACUCUAUUACAGAUCAGGCUAUCGCUGGGUUAAACGGAAUGCAGCUUGGCGAUAAGAAGCUAAUUGUACAAAGAGCAAGUGUGGGUGCCAAGAAUGCCAAUGUCAGCUCGGUGGCACCGGUUCAAAUUCAGGUCCCUGGCUUCUCACUGGUCAGCUCAUCUGGUCCUCCGACGGAAGUGCUCUGUCUGUUAAAUAUGGUCACACCGGACGAGCUGAAGGACGAAGACGAGUACGAAGACAUCCAGGAGGACAUCAAGGAAGAAUGUAACAAGUACGGUGUAGUCCGAAGUCUGGAAAUGCCACGCCCGAUCGAGGGCGUCGAUGUGCCUGGCUGCGGAAAAGUGUUUGUCGAAUUCAACUCGAUCGUCGACUGCCAGAAGGCACAGCAAGCGCUCACCGGGCGCAAGUUUAGCGACCGUGUCGUCGUUACCUCGUACUUCGACCCAGAUAAAUACCAUCGGCGCGAGUUUUAAGCUGGUUGAUUUCGCGUUUUUUAAAGCAUCCAAUUGACAGUAAAAAAAAACUAAAUACCUUAUGUCUCUUAUCGAAAAAUCUGAGGGGUCAAUGAAAACAAAACGAACAGCUUAUUGCUGCAAUGACAUAAAAACAA